CUGUCUUUCGAUUAUCAUCUAUUGAAAAUUAAGAGGGCUGGAUGGCCGUGACCAACUUUUGACUUAAUUUACCUCCAUAUGAGGAAGAGCUCUGUAUAAAAAAUGAGAAAAAGCUCAAAUUUUAAAGUUUAAACAUUUAGAAUUUUUUCUUUACUGAAAGUUACUUAAAAAACAAUUAUAGUCAAAAUAAUGACGUCAUAUUUAAAUCAGAUGAUUUGUUGACCUUCCAGCCUCCUUGAAAAUAAUAUUAAUAGCUGUUAUCAUCUUUGAUUAUGAGAUAUGAAAAAUUAUAUUUAGUAAAUGAAUCUGUUAAUGACCAUCUUGAUGAUUAAUAUAAUUGAUAUUUGCCUUUUAUUCAUUGUACUAUUGUUUGUAUAAAAUGUAUUUUUGAUGGAAUAAUGAAGUAACGUCAUCAUGCAUUGCAAGUCUUGCAUAAAGUUUGAUAUGAUCCAUAAUUAUAAUUCUUCAUACUUUGUAUACUCUGUCCCAAGAUAUUUUGGAUUCAUGUUUGGCUUAAUUGUUUGAAAUUUAUAAAUACCUCAGGAUUCAAACGAUAUUCAUUCAAAAGUAUGAAAAAUUUCCAAGAUUUUUCAGUCAAAACGCCCCUGUUAGCUUAUCAGGUUUCAAUACAAUGCUAAAAAAUGUGAUGUCUACGGAGAUUUUGCAUUGCAGCAAGCCCGGAUGAUAACGUUGAAAUAUUGCGCGAUGUAUUCCAAGUGUAUUCCGAAUGGAGAAAAGAUGUAAACAUUCCCCAUUAUAAAUCUCCGUAAGGAAUCUGUUUUCGUUCCUGUGAAUUUUUCCGAGUGAAAGAUGAUAAUGUGUCAAUGAAAUUAUCUUGGAAAAUAUCCCUUUCAACUAUUUCAAUUGCACUUCUUUCACAGAUUUAUUAUACUGUUGGUAUACCAACGAAUUUUAAGAAAAGAGGAACACCCAGAGAACAUCUCCUCGAAAAUUAAAAUCAGUCAAACAAAACAAACCACAUACAAAGAAGAACAGUUAUACUCAUUAAAAACAAUUCAUCGACAAUAACAUAGAUUCCCAGGGCAUAGCCGUUGACCUUUGACCCUUACACAUUCGUUUGGCAGAAGAGACGCAUGAGUUAUUACAUGUGGUACAUUUACUUGAUGGCACUACGACAGGGCGACAUGAAGCUUGUGAUAUUUUGGCUGUACUGGACGUAACUUGAUGCACGACUUGAUUUGUGGAGAAUAAAUUUUGAUAUAAAAAGGAUGGGAACGGAAGGAGAGACUAAAGAUACAGUAACCCAACCAGAGGAGAAGGAGACGUUAUGUGGAAUCGGACCAUGGCGCCCACAAUGUCUUCAGUGUUGUGCUCAUCUUCUACCAUUUUCCUUUAUCUUCGGGUCUCAGACCCUUAUAACAAAUUCGUUGUCAUUUUACCUGUCUUCUCAAAUCACAACCAUUGAGAAACAGUUCGACAUAUCUAGUACGGACACUGGUAUAAUUCUUGCCGGAAACGACAUCGGUUUCCUGCUGUCCGUUCUCUUUGUCAGUUACUUGGGCCAUAGAGUCCACAUUCCACGGGUGCUGGCGGUGUGUGGCUUACUGUUCGGAUUAUCGGGGCUUCUCUGCAGUCUUCCUCAUUUUGUAUUCGAUGGGCGAUCAACAUUUGAGACGUCGAAGACUAUCAUCAACAGUAGCAAAGAAAACUACCUUUGCCAACAGGACAACGUCACAGUGGGUCCCAGCUGUGACGAAACAAAGCCUCAUCAAUACGUAUCACAUUCUAAAUGGGUUGUGUUGUAUAUUACAUUGUGCUACGUCAUCCAAGGUGUCGCUAAGUCCCCUAGGUCCUCUCUAGGAACAGUGUACCUUGACAGUUCAUCUGACAAAUCCAAAACAGGCUUGUACUUAGCAAUUUCAACUUCGUUCGGGAUUUUUGGACCAUUUAUGGCUCUUAUCCUUGGAGGACAAUUUGGAAAAAUUCCGGUCAAUUUAAAACCAACCACAAUGACCCCUAAGGACCCCCGCUGGAUUGGCGCCUGGUGGCUUGGCUUUCUCAUGUUUGGGACAAUGGCUCUGGUUGUGUCUCUGUUGGUUUUCUUUUUCCCGCGGACCAUACCCAAUUCAAAGAGUGAUGAUGAGUCCGAAACUACUGGGGAUACUCCUGGUGAAGCACAGUCCAGUUCUGCCAAUGAAACCACAGUUUUAGAACUGCUAAAGGAGUUUCCAGCUGUCUUCAAAAGAUUGUUGAAAUGCAAAGUAUACUGCAUAAUAGUUGCGGCGAAUUCUUUUACUUUAUUUGGGACCAUCGGGUUAAGCUCAUUUGGACCAAAGUACAUCGAAUCUAUCUUUAACCUUCCGCCAUGGAAAGCUAAUUCAAUUCUGGGUGUUCAGCUCUUGGUAACCGGAACUUUAGGAACAUUUCUUGGUGGUUUUCUGGUGUCCCGCCUUCGACUUGGAAGGAAGAAGUGCAUGAAGAUGAUUCUUAUUUUGUGUGGUGUAUCCACUGUAUGCCAGUUUGUGACCAUCUUCUUGGGAUGUGAAAACCACACAAUCACUGAAAGGUCCCAGAAUUCCACACAAAGCGCCUGUAACUGUGACCAGUCAGACUUUCUGACGGUUUGUUCCGCGGGCGGAUCCACCUUCUACUCACCUUGUCAUGCGGGCUGUACCAAUGUUACAGACAAUGUGUUUUCUGACUGCCGGGCCAGCGAGGGGAUCCUAUCCCCGGGUAUCUGUGAUUCUGGGUGCCAGUUUCUGAUUCCCUACCUCAUAGUCUCUACGAUCAACAUACUGGGAUCCACACUAAGAAUUGUUCCUAUGUUCACAGUUCUACUUAGGUCUUUGGAUGAACAAGACAGAUCAAUUGGAAUGGGCCUUCAUUCUUUUCUUUUGUCUCUAAUUGUGUUUCUACCAGCGCCUAUUGUUUAUGGAAAGUUGUUUGACAACACGUGUUUAACGUGGAAAACUGUGUGCGGAUCCAAAGGAGCGUGUCAACUGUACGACAUUGAAAACAUGCGUCUGACCUUAAAGAGUGUGGACGCAUUGCUAGCGGCUAUUUCCUUUCUCAUUACAAUUCCAGCAUUCAUUAUUUCACAGAAAGAUCCGGACGAGACGGAAAAGGAAAAAGAGUUAGAUGUUGAGGUUGUAGAAUCAGGAAAAGAAACGCCUCAGACAAUAGCCAUGUUUUCAAUGAAAGAAAAAUAAAACCAUGCAGUCUGUAUUUUCAUUUUACGUACAAUGACUUUUUGUAAUUAAGUGCUCGAAAGUUCAUUUAAAUUUUAAAUAUUUGAAGAAUUAUAAAUAAACAUAAUAUACCUUGC